UGCAUUCUUUCUCCCUCUGAAUAACACAUGGCUCACCACAUGGGCAUCCUUGCAUUUAUGAGUGUGUCGCUAAUUUCCCUAACAAGUGCUUCAUUCACAGUUGCCAGAUGUCUUGUUUCCUUCCCUUCCGUGCCUCAUUCCAGUGCUCGAGUAACCGUGUGUGUCUUCCCUGCAGGCGGGUCGGUGUGCGGAUGGGUGUACAGCUCCUUGGUGCUGACCGUGGCGUUGCUCGUCUACUGCAACGCCCUCAGCUGCAGCUUUGUGUUCGACGACAUCUCGGCCAUCAAGGAGAACCGCGACUUGCGUCCACACACGCCCGUGACCAACCUCUUCUUCCACGACUUCUGGGGGACGCCAAUGCAGAAGGAGCAGAGUCACAAGUCUUAUCGGCCACUGUGCGUCCUCACUUUCCGCCUCAACUACCUGCUUCACGGCCUGGAGCCCCUGGGGUACCACCUGGUGAACAUGCUGCUCCACGGGGUCGUCUGCAUCCUCUACUACAGGAUGUGCAGCAUGUUUCUACCGGAGCUGUCGAGCUUUGUCGCCUCGCUGCUUUUUGCUGUCCACCCCAUCCAUACCGAAGCUGUGACGGGCGUGGUGGGUCGAGCUGAGACCCUCUCCUCGCUCUUCUUCCUCGGCUCGCUGGUGGCCUACUCCGGCGCCACAGCGAAGCAGGUACGCGGUGCUCGAGGGGCGCGUGUGGCCACAGACUGGCGCCUAUUGCUGCUGGCGAUGCUCCUUGCCACCACGGCCAUGCUGUGUAAGGAGCAAGGCAUCACUGUCAUCGCCAUCUGUGCCGUCUACGAGUUGUUCAUCGUGCAGAAGGUGCGCGGGUGGGAGCUGGUGCAGUUCGGAGAGGGCGUGGUGUCCGGUAAAGGAUCGGUGCCUCCCUGGUUGGCUGACAUGGCACCGCGGGUGUUUGUGCUCGUGGCCACCACCCUGGGACUCAUGCUGGCCAGGGUGCACGUCAUGGGUGCCCAGCUGCCGGUCUUCACCAGGUUCGACAACCCGGCCAGCGUCGCCCCCUCGCCGUCCCGCCAGCUGACCUACAACUACCUGCUGAGCGUGAACGCCGGCCUGCUGCUGCUACCCUCCACGCUCUGCUGCGACUGGACCAUGGGCACCAUCCCCUUGGUGGAGAGCUUCACCGACGUCAGGAACCUCGGGACGGUGGCGCUGUACCUCACCCUCGCCAAGCUGUCCUACCACGCCCUCUUCGUCGCCCAUCGACACCACGCCCAGGUCAUAAUAAUGUCCCUGGCGUUCGUGGUGCUUCCCUUCCUGCCGGCCACCAACCUCUUCUUCCCCGUUGGCUUCGUGGUAGCUGAGCGCGUCCUCUACAUGCCCUCGAUGGGGUUCUGCAUGCUGGUGGCUCACGGAUUCACCAACCUCCUCGAUAGAGUACAAGCCAAGAAAUACCUGUGGCUGGCGCUGCUGGGGCUCCUCGCCGUCCACGCUGUCAAAACCCACGUACGGAACUUCGACUGGCGGGACGAGUACACCAUCUUCACCGCCGGGCUGAAGGUCAACCAGAGGAACGCCAAGCUCUUCAAUAACGUGGGCCACGCUCUGGAGUCCCAAGGCCGCUUCGCCGAGGCUCUGCGCUACUUCCAGGCGGCGGUGUCGGUGCAGGAGGACGACAUUGGCGCCCACAUCAACGUUGGCCGCACGUACAACAAUCUCAAGCUUUUCUCCGACGCCGAGCAGGCCUACCUCAAGGCCAAGUCCCUGCUGCCCAAAGCCAAGCCGGGAGAGAGCUACCAGGCCCGCAUCGCCCCUAACCAUCUCAACGUGUUCCUCAACCUGGCCAACCUGAUAGCCAGGAACGAGACCCGCCUGGAGGAGGCCGACGCCCUCUACCGACAGGCCAUCAGUAUGAGGGCGGACUACACUCAGGCCUACAUCAACAGAGGGGACAUACUGAUCAAGAUGAAUAGGACGAAAGAGGCGCAAGAGGUGUACGAGCGAGCCCUCUUCUACGACAGCACCAAUCCAGACAUCUACUACAACCUGGGUGUGGUGCUGCUGGAGCAAGGACGGGCACAGCAGGCGCUCGCGUACCUGGACAAGGCCCUCGAGAUGGACCCUGACCACCAACAGGCACUCCUCAAUUCUGCCGUCCUCAUCCAGGAAUCCGGGAACGCUGAGCUGCGGCCUCUGGCGUAUCAGCGGUUGUUGCGCCUGGUGCAGCGGGACCCUCUGAACGAGAGGAUCUACUUCAACCUUGGCAUGAUAGCGAUGGACGACCGGGACUACCGCAACGCCGAGAAGUGGUUCAGGAAGGCCAUCGAGUUGAAAGAGGACUUCCGCUCCGCCUUGUUCAACUUAGCUCUUCUCUUGACGGACGACCAGCGGCCCCUCGAGGCGGCGCCCUUCCUCAACCAGCUGGUCAAGCACCACCCGGACCACGUGAAGGGCCUCAUCUUGCUCGGGGACAUUUACAUCAACAACAUCAAAGACUUGGACGCCGCCGAAAAGUGCUACGAGCGGAUCCUGGCGGUGGAUCCCGGCAACGUGCAGGGCCUCCACAACCUGUGUGUGGUGUACGUGGAGCGCGGGGAGCUGCAGGCCGCCGAGUCGUGCCUCAGUCGUGCCCACGUGAUGGCGCCCCAUGAAGACUACAUCCUCAGGCACCUCAAGAUCGUCAGAACUCGGCUUGCCAAGUUCUCUCAGAUGCAGCAGCAGCAGCAGCAACAGCAGCAACAAGGGGGAGGGGGAAGUGAUCGGACACCAGCCUCUGUGUUACCUGAAGGCGCUGAUGCGUCGGAAGGAAUAAGUGAAUCCAACCCCUCGAGGCCUAAAAAGACCGUGUUUAUUACAAAAAACAGUGAUAGCAAUAGCAAAACUAGCGAGAAACAGCUUACCAGAAUGGUGGGUGCGACAGUGAACAGUGACACGAGUGACUCCUUAUCAUAAGACUCUGCUGUUGCCGCAAGCAUGCCAAAGUUACUACAGUCAUUAGACGGUAUAAGUAUGGUGUUGGGCGUCCUGAAGUGACUGACUGGCGGCGGGCGUCCACUCCCUCAUGCACUCCACCCAGUCAGGACCCUCCGUAGUGCAGCAGACAUGGACCCUCUUCCUCCUCCUCCCCCCUCCUCCUCUUCCUCCUCUUCCUCCUCCCAGCUCGUGGUUGGUGCCUUCUCACCAGCAUGACUCACACCUGCAGAAAGACAUUGCAGUGAAAAGAUACCAAACAUGUAAUACAAGACGACAUUACAUAAGAAUAUCAGUAACUUAAGACUAAGUGAUCAUCAGGUGGAAUAUUUGGUUAUUUUCGUGUGAGAUUCGUGAGUUUCUGAUGAUUACGAGUUGUUGGUAAUACAUAAAGAAUCAGCAAUAAGUGAAAAUUAGACGCAAGGAGUGAGGUGAGGAAGCCCAGGCCGGCCCCGUGAUCCUCCGUCGCUCAUCUGGCGGGGGCCACGCCGGAGGUUGCCGCGUCAGGUGAAAUGCAAGAAUAUGAUGUAACCCAUGGAUGGCGGAGUCACCAGGAAGCCAUUGCUGGAUGUGCCGCUUUCCUCCCAGACGCCCAGGUGCCUGGUGGUGUGAAUGUGAGAGAGAGAGAGAGAGAGAGAGAGAGAGAGAGAGAGAGAGAGAGAGAGAGAGAGAGACCGCCUCCAGGAGCGGCAUGCCCCUUCUAAUAAUGUCACCUGACAAACGUGAGUCAGUGAAAUCCCUCUGUAUCUUAGAAACUAAUUAAUGAGGAAAAUAGAAAGAGGGAAAGUGACGAUUUACGAAGAAACACACUGCUGGGUGACGAAACCAGACUGAUUAUUUGCAAGAAUGUCAGUACUUCCCUCUUUUAUCUGUGAUUGUAAUAAGUAGCCCAAGUUUUGCUAAGUCUUCGCUGACACAGCUAAGGUAGACGCUUGGUUCAGUGAGCUUUCUUUUCUGCGGUGGAAGUGUGAGGCCGGAGUGGGUGAGGUGUUGAAGGCGAGGCUGUGAGGGCUGGCCGGGACACUGAGCGGCCGGUGCAAUUUCUCACAUCAAGAAGCCACAGAUCAAUAAUUUAUUUCACCAGGAGACAUUCCUCGCCGCCCCAAGGGUCGCCCAGCACUCGAGGCACGCGGGCGGCGGCGGGCCCCUCCGCAUUCCCUCUUGGUUCCCGGCCACUCUCGCCUCGCCUUUCAUUAUGAAUGGUAUUAUUAUUUUCUAUAGUUAAAGCACACAUUUUAUUCUUUUUGUAUGGUCUGACUAGAUUAAAAUAAAAAAAAGUAAUGUAAAAGAUAGAUUUUAAAUUUUUAUUGUGUAACUAUAAGUUUGCUGAGGAUAUUUUUUAUAUAAUGUACGAAUGAAACAAAGAAUUGCCUAAAAGGUUCAUAAUAAAUCCAGGAGCCAUAAGUGUGGUGGGCCAUGCAGCGUUAUUUUCUAGUCUGGAGCAAUCGGGCGGGCCACAAGGAGGGCCAGCAGGCAGGGGUCGGCCACACCCAGCAGACGAAAGCUCGCAUGUAAGCCCGAGGCACGUGUGGCCGCACGACUGAACUCCCAAGAAAUUUCCUUUUUACGCACGAGAUUUCCACCCCAGCAUGCCACUAAUGAAUUCCCCAGGAGGCCACCCACCGCCCACCAAUGGCCCCGGCUGCUGCUGCCGUUGCUCUCAAUAGCUGUUGGCGUAUAACACAACAUUCCAAUUUGAACUGCGUGUACUUCUUUGUGAUACAGCUCUCCUUUCUCUUCUGCUCCUUCCCUUCGUCGCUUGUGUUAACGUCUUUUAAGCCAAGUUUUUUUUUUUUUUUAAUUGUUGUGCCAGACAGUGUGAUCCCCAACAGUGCUUUACCACACUUUCCUGCCGACUCGCUGACAGGGCGGUGAAGCUCGCUGGUUGUACACUUCGCACUGUUAUCUUUCGAAGUCAUGUUUUCCUUCUAUUCCCUUCAGCUAUCGUUUCGUGCCGGGAAGUUAUAAAGAUCUUCGAGGGUUGGCUUCUGGCAGGGUCAUUCUUGUGUACAUACAAGCAUCCAUACUGACCGGGAAGAGUGAGUUGUAAGAGAGAGAGAAAGAGAGAAAAAAAAGGAAUAUUAUCCCUAAUCCUACUCUUAUUAGUCUAUCUACUAUCGAUGUCUCCUUACUCUGGAUGUAUGUGUUCUUAUGGAGUAAUACCUUUUAAGUUAUUCACUUUCAAGUUAGUAGAUAUCGGCAUGUGGAGUCGCAGUGUCGAGUGUGGUUCACUUAACAAGUGAAUGAAACAAGAAAUCGCAGCUUUCGUGACGGGACAUCCAUCCGAAGAAAGUUAAGGGCUUGCGUGAGGUGAAGUGGUGAAGGGAUCAGGAGCGAGCAAUGCCGCGCAACAAAUCUUUCGUGUUUCUCAGUCAUUCUGUCAGGUAGAAUGUCAGCAUCGUAACAAAAAAUGUAAAAAAUGUAAUAAAACUUAACGUCAGGAUUCUCGCUGACAGAGUUACUUAUCCUGGUGGAUACUGUAUAUUACAGUGUUUGGCUGUCCAUGUUUCACUUAGCUGUGACGAACUGAUGUAUCACUGUAUCAUAAGCAAUGUACAUUUUCCUACACAACUGCAGUGAUCUUUAAGAGUAGCCAUUUCGACUUAAGGUACUUAAUUGCAUUUGCUGGAGAAGGAAGAGCUGGAAAAUGUGGGAGUCUUGCUAUCUGGCGCACCGGCGACGCUGUACCGCGGGGCAACAACCCUUGGCCUGAGUCACGGAAGGCGAGGCAAGAAAUAUCGAUCUUUGUAAAAUUUCAGCGGUGCCUUUUUGGGAUAUUGUCUGAAAUGGUAUUGUAAAAAAAAUAAUAGAGACUUUGUAUAUCGAUUUUUUUUUCAUAAAUUCAAUGAUAUUUUUCUAUGUACCAUACACUCAUGUUCCCCAGAGCGCUAGUUAUGAUUCGAUAUGUCUGAAACCUGUGUGUAACAUGUAUAGGUAUCUCAGAUGUGUAGUUUGAUCCCCUUCCCUCCCUCCCGAUUUCCCCUCCUGUGUUGCACGUGCUGUUGGUUGAUUCUCUAUCGAUGUCUUCACAUUUGGUGCGUGUAAUUGCUACAUCUACUAUUUUGUCCAGACUCAUCGUUCAUUGGUCCGUCACGAACUUUGUAAUUGGUUGCCCAACUUAGUACAACUGUGGUCAUAUGUGGAAAGAUAACUUGUUUCGUUUUUCUUCCAACACUUCUAUCGAACCUGUUCCUUUUUUUCUUUUAUUUCCCUUCAUCCGUGUGUCUGACAUUCUGAAUCUACUUACUGUCUUCCAGUUUUGUGUAAAGUAAAGAAUCUCGUGUUCUUGAUGUCAGUUCGGUGAUUGGCUUAAAGGAAGACUUGAGUUUGGAUACCUGCCUUUUUCGGCGGAAAGAUGAGAAGCCUCCAACUGUUGGAUGCGGCUGCAUGUUUUCAGUCCUUCACCUUUGGGUCUGUUGGAAAAAAAAAAUUCAGUCAUUGUAUAUUGCAGAACAUAGAGGCUUGGACAGAAAACAUGGCCUGGGGAACUUUUUCUUUAUAGAAGAUAGUGAUUUCUCUUUCUCUCUCUACCUCGGUCUUGUUUCCUUGCCUGUAACAUUGGACGUGAGUGUUGAGGUUUGCAUGUAGACCAGUCAUUACUUUUGUACAGUGUUGCUGUGGGCGGAACGUGGCCGCUGAGUCUUGCCCCAAAGGAAGUGAGCCAGCAAGGGCCGAUUUUCAGCAUAACCCAUCUAUCUGUGGUAUUUAAGAUUUGAAGUUUUGUUCUUUAUUAACCUGGAGCGUUCAAGGCACCUUGUGACUGAUGCUGCAAUGGUAUUCUUGAUUGUGUUCUGUCUUUGUAUCGUGUUGAAAAAAAAAUUGUAACGAAAUUCGUGAUUUGUUCUUCACUAAGUUAACUGUGAGUUCUAUUUGUGGUUAUUGUACGGGAGAGGUUGUGAUUUUUUGUAGCAUUUGUACUAAAAAUGCAGGUGAUUGUUUAUGGUUAUGUUUACAGUCUAUUUCAGUCAAGUAGCUAUUGUUGUACAUGCACUGUGUAGAUGUAGUUUCAUUACUGUUUAUUAUUCUGUUGAUGGGUUUUAUGGUGAUAACAAAUGUUUCAUAGAUUAUUUGAUUGAUCUCUGAUAAAUUCACACUAGAGUAAGGGCAAGCCAGAGAGCACUGAGUGGGAGCCAGGCGACUGUGAGAAGCAGGCGCGUCCCGCUCCCACCCCACCCCGGGUGGCGGCGGCCUGCCUGUGUCACACCAGAUCUGCAACUUACGGAAGAAAAUGUCAAUAGAUUCUCUUAGAUUCAGUUUCAAUCUCUGCAGUUUUUUAUAUGAUAGUUGCAACAGCACCAAUAAUAUGUAAAGGCUGUUUCUCUAGGAGGAUACUCACUCGUGCGGCGGUGCAAGUCAGGUGUGGCGGGUGGCGGGUCCCUGGCGAAGGGGACACAGCGGCUUGGUGAGGCGGGAGACGCGGCGCCGCGUUCCGUGUCCUCACCACUCUCCCGUCUGUCCUGCCUGUGAUACUGUACUCCAAUACACCAUCAUCUACUCCU